ACUUGAGGAAGAAGAGUGUGUGAAUGUGACUUGUGACUGAACAUGAAGAAGAAGAAAUCAGCCAUGGAUUUGUGAUUUGAGCUUCGCUUACUUUGAUUUCAAUCCUCACACUCUUCACUCUUUGCUACCUCCAUUCCUAACUGCUUCUCACAAUGAUGUCACCGAACCAAUUCUCAGAGGAUCGAGGGUCUCCUCCUCAUCAUUUCAGAAAUACACCCUUGCAGAUAAUUCAUAUUGUUGCAAAUUUCAUGAGGAUAUGGUCAAUAUACUCAAUGUACCGAUACUUAUCCCAGACUGGAGCUUCUGUUGUUCUUUUUCUGUUCGCCUGCCUAGCCCCGGCAUCGAUCCUGUUUUUGGUUCUGCAAAAGCCUUGGAAGGGCAGGCCACUUUCUAAUACACAGGUUGUGCCUUCUAUAAUAAAUGGUUGUAUAACAGCACUGUAUCUGGUCUUGUGGGGAAAGGGACUGAAAUCAUGUGGACCAGUUAGAGCAAUAUUGGCUGAGUAUUCUGGUGCUGUCCUUGGAGUACUGUCUGCAGUGUUAUAUGGUAGGAGAAGCCAUUUGUGGAAAAAGAUAGGUGGCCUAAUUGCCAUGUUGGCAUCUUUAUACCUGCUAUCUGAAGGAUGGGCUACAGCGACAUAUUCUCCAUUCUCAUGGGAAGAUAGAGAUGAUUCUGAAACUCAGACUGAACAAGUUUUGGGCUUGAGGCAAAUGUUAGUUCCUAUUUUUGCUGGUAUUCUAUCAGCCCUCAGGAGGGUAAUUGCGAGGCGCGUUUCAAUCAAGAAUCAACUUAAAAGGCGACUCCAUGCUUUAACUAUUGCUUCUGCGACAUGUUUUAUGUUUCCUAUUGCCAUGUGGGACAUAAUCAUAGGAUCACCUUCUGACAGCAGUGGAAAGUUGCCAUUCUCUGCUUGGGCCUUCUUGAGCACUAUUCUAUUUGGAAAUAUUGUGAUAUUCUAUGCUGACAGUAUUGCAGAGGAGAGAUUGCACAUGGUUUUCUCCUCACCAAGGCAUUUAAUGGUAGCUGGUGCAUGUAUCAUCAUCAUGGAGAUUGUGUACAAGAUGGAUUUUUCUCUUAUGGGCUUCAUGGUUUGCUGCUUAAUAUUAGGUUUUGGGAUAUAUGAAGCAACUUCAUUGGACCGCAAUAGAAAAGAUUCUAUCCGAAAUUCUGAUUUAUCAAAUGGAGAAUUUGAUGAUCAAAUCCAGAUGUCGUCAUUACCUACUUGAAGCAGGUUGGGUACACAAAGAUAGGAUGGACUCUGUUGACCCAUUAGCCUCUUGCUAUAUCUUGAGUUACACUUUGUCACUGGCAAUUUCAUUUUGUGCACUAGUUGCAGAAGAAAAGCUGUUAUCCACUGUCAAGAUGUGUUAUCCACCACUUCUGGGGACUCAUGCGGCGAGCUUGUUAUCCACGAAAUUGUUGAUGAUUGAUCUGAUCUUUCGGGUGGUUGAAGUGCAUUUUUAACAUACAAAGUUCAUUAUUUUGCUUCCUACAGGAGCAUUAGUCUAGCAGUUCCUUGUGUAGUUUAGGAGGAAUUUUCUAUCAAAAAAAAAAAACUCAUUAUUCGUGAUCCUGGUAGAAGUUCUUUGAAUCUUGAUAUAAUUCAACCCACAUGAUGAAAUUAUU